AGACUGGCCGGCCAUGGGUCGAAACGCAAAAUAUCGACAAGAGUGGGGGAGGCUCGGCUUCGACUGGGGUUGCCGAUCAGUAUGCUAUUUCAUAUCCUCACUCCCUAGCAUCCGUUCGACGUCCAACACGCAAUUCACUUCUGUACCCGCGCCGGACGCGUUACUCCGUUCCUAAAGUGUUGGUAAAAGUGGACUAUCAGCUCACAAUGGGCUAUGAAUCUAGGAAGCCGAGAGGGUUCCUCGACCUGAUCAAUGCAGUUGAUAAGUAUAUUUCACCCCCCCAAUACCUCUUCCCCAUCCCAUUCAUCUGAGUGCUGAUAUAUUCCUUGUCAGUUUCCCCAUUCCGACUAUGACACGCUCUACAAGCUCCUCCUUCCUGAUGAUCCUCGUCCACACGGCUUCAUGCUCGCGUCCACAGUCUCAAACAUGCCAUGGUCCUCUGACUUCGCCAUCGACCAUGGAACUCGCACAGUGCAACUACUUAGGACAUCCGACAGCGAAAAUACAGCGAAAGCAUGCACCAACGCCUUUCAGAACACAAUCGAUGUAGCCAUAGAUGCCGAUAUUUUCCCUAUCCUACAUGGCGACCAUAGCGAGAUGUACAAAAUUAUCGGCGCGAACUACUUUAUAUGCUUAGAGCGGUUUGCAGCGCCAUUGUUCGGGAUCGCUACUCAGGGCGCCCAUAUGAACGCAUACGUGAACACGUCUGCAGGCCUGAAGAUAUGGGUCGGUCGCCGAAGCACCCAUUUGUUCACCUACCCAAACAAACUUGACACCACUGUUGCUGGGGGAAUAAAGGCUGAGCAUUCACCACUUGAGUGUAUUAUUGCCGAGGCUGACGAAGAGGCAUCACUACCAGCUGAUUUUGUCAGAAAGAAUGCUCGUGCCACUGGUACCAUCAGCUAUGUUACGAAGAACACCAAUACUGGCCUGAUUCAUCCAAACGUCUUAUACAUAUUCGAUAUCGAGUUGCCCCCCACAAUGAUACCCAAACCACAAGACGAUGAAGUGUCGGAGUUCUACCUUCUUAGUAUGGAAGAAGUCGAGCAAGCCAUGUUGUGGCAAGAGUUCAAGCCGAAUUGUGCGCUCGUCAUGAUUGACUUUGCCAUUCGACAAGGCAUCAUUACACCAGAAAAUGAAGACGAUUAUGUUGAGAUUACGACAAGGUUACGAAGGAUGCUGCCUGUACCUACCAGAUCACAGAAGGGGAUAUAGUAGGCAAAAGAGAUUACUAUAUAAGUAUUUCGAGAAUAUGUCAAGAUCAACUCCCAUCUACACGCCCGCAUUCCAGGCCAUCAUUUUCAGUUCGUGGGCUUUUGCACAUGCUCAAGUAUGUUACUCGAACUUUUGUCAUUUAAAGGAUAAUUCCAUGAAACCAGUACUCCGGAAAAGGGGUUAUUUAAUUAUGGGCAAUACGGCCUCCGAGAGACCCAAAAAUUCCUGGGAUUCCUCCUAAAGGUUAUGGAAUUUAUAACCAUUCAUGAUAUAGAGAGUCAUCCUCUUAGUAUCCGGUAACAAUAUCGCUAGGUUAUAAUACCUACCAAUUUCGGGAAUAGUAGCAGCCUUGCCAGACUCGAAGCUCUUCUCGGAUAUGAAGGUUUUUAAA